AUGCAGUUCACUCGCUCCGCUGCUCUCGCCUUGACUGCCACGGCGGCGCUCGCCUUCAAGUCCGCCGACGCGCACGGAUACAUCUCGAACCCGGCCGCCCAGUUCGUCGACUCGACCAAGUCGACGUACUACGCCAAGACCAUCACCGCCGACGUCAACAGCGCCUUUGGUGGCCUCAAGUGGGACGACAGCCCGGAGGCCAACACGGCCACCUUCACCUCGUCCUUCGCCAAGGCCGGCUACUCGUCGCUCCGGGACAUGCUCGACCAGCAGGUGACGGACUGCGCCAACACGCGCACUGACGUUUCGCCCGUAGACGUGUCCGGCCUCACGACCAUGAGCUGGCAAAACGACCAGGAGCAGAAGGGCUUCAUCGACUCGCACCACGGCCCGUGCGAGGUCUGGAUCGACGACACCAUGGUGGAGCACCAGGACGACUGCGUGGCCAAGUACGGCUCCGGGUACCCGGCCAAGGUGAACGCCGACUUCUCCAAGUGCUCGGGCGACUGCACGCUGCGGUUCUACUGGCUGGCGCUGCACGAGCCCAACUGGCAGAUCUACAAGCAGUGCGUGCCCGUCGUGAGCGGCUCGGGGGCUCAGACGACGAUGGUGCAGGGCACGGUGGUGCCCGCUGGGUCGACCACUGAGACGGCCAACGAGAGCGACGGCGGCUGCCAGAACCGCGCUCUCCGCACUGCCGAUGACGCCCCGACGCACCUGGCCAACGGCGUCAAGAUCGACUGGACCGACAACCGAUUCCUCCGCGCUUUCAACGAGUUCGCGGCGGGCUUCCAGCUGAGCGAAUGA